AUGAAACCGCAUAUAUCAAAAGAUGGCUAUCAAUCCAUUCAAGUCAUACCGAGUGCCACUUCCAUUGCUCGCUUCACCCGAGUCGUUUUCCCAAAGUGACCAUCCCACCUAGCAUAUCGCCAGCACUGCUGAGAUGCUGUUUGACGCCCUCAUCCUGGGAGCCGGCCCUGCAGGACUCUCUGCUGCGCUCGCGUUGGGCCGUGUCACCCGCAGUGCCCUCGUUUUGGACUCUGGCGUAUUCCGCAACGCAGGCGUCACUGCCAUGCACACUGUCCUCUCCCGCGAUGGAACAAACCCCACAGAGUUCCGCCAGAUCAGCAUCGAGCAGAUUAGAAAAUACCCGUCCAUCCAAUUCCAACAUGCCAACGUGACCUCGGUAGCUCAAGUCGAGGUUGAAGCCGGAUACAUGGGCUUCCAAGCUGUAGAUAGCAACAACAAGACAUAUUUCGGCCGCAAAUUGGUUCUCGCCACGGGUACAGAGGACGUGCUUCCCACCAACUUUGAGGGCUAUCGGGAGAAUUGGCCUGAGCACAUCUACCAAUGCCUAUUCUGUGACGGAUUCGAGCAACGCGAUUAUCCCAUCGGAGUUCUGACCUUUGCCAACCCUGGCUACAACAACUUGGCGUUGAUGGCACUGAGGUUCCACCCCGACGUCACCAUCUACACAAAUGGCCCGCCUCCUACCGAUAACGCCACUGCACAAGCUCUACGCAUCGCACAAGCCAGCAAAGCGAAGGUCGACACUCGUACUGUCAAGCGCUUGAUCAACAAUGGCCCAGGGCCUGAGAACGGCAUCACGAUUGAAUUUCAAGAUGGAUCGAACGCCAAGCUCGGGAUGCUUCUCCACCGUCCAUCUACGAUCAACCGAGGACAACGGUUCAUCGAUCAAUUGGGCCUCAACAUGAGGGAUGGCAGUGGCGAGAUCGUGACCGACCCUGUCUUGGCCGAAACCAGCGUCAAGGGAUGCUUCGCUGCGGGAGACACGCAAGAAUUGGUUAAGCAGGUCGCCGUGGCUAUGGGAUCAGGGGUCCGCGUUGGUGCCGUGGUAUCAAUGCAGCUUCGCAACGAGGAAGGUGCACGAAACCUUGCAGCGAGCGAGAAGUUAUAACUUACCGAGGAAGUUCCCGUGGGAAAUGCCUUUUUCGCAGACUCCAUCAAAAGGCUAUGUCCGGCCAAUUUUCACGAAAUCAUCAUCGUUCGGAUCGAGCUCCAUUGGACGCUUCUUUAGGUCAUUGCAGUAUCGAAUUGGAGAGCGUUUAUAAGAUUUAAGUAUGUCAGGGCUCGCAGCUCUCUUGGUGUCC